AUGGUAAUAGCAUUCCAAGGCGCGGUCAUUCACUCGCUUGGCCCGAAUCAAGUCGAGAUACUCGAGAACGCUGGGAUAGUCGUCGGAUCUGAUGGACUGAUUUCUCACUUCUACCCCCAAAUCUCCGCUGAAGAGCUGUCGAAGAAACUUCCUAGCGAUUCUGAAGUCAGUGUUCUUCCCAAAGGCCAAUUCCUAUCGCCCGGCUUCAUCGACACGCACAACCACGCUCCUCAAUGGGCAAUGAGGGGCCAGGGCCAGGGCCUCCAUAUACUGGACUGGCUCGAUCAAGUCACCUUUCCCCACGAAGCUCGCUUCUCAGAUCCUGUAUACGCUCGUAAGGUCUACGAAAGUUGCGUCAAGGGCUUUCUCAAGCAAGGCAUCACUACCGCUUCCUACUACGGAUCUAAACACGCCGAGGCCACGCAGAUUCUAGCAGAUAUCUGCCAUCAGCUGCAUCAGAGGGCAUUCGUAGGAAAAUGCAACAUGGAUCGCAACGCGCCAAGCUAUCUUCAUGAUGAGUCCGCUGAAUCAUCUUUGAAGGAAACGGUGGAAUGCGUGAACCAUAUCCGUCAGAUCGACCCGACCGGACAGCUGGUUCGGCCUGUCUUGACUCCAAGAUUCGCUAUUUGUUGCACUCCCAAAUUGCUCAAAGGGCUUGGUGAGAUGGCCGCCAAAGACCCAGAGCUGGCAAUCCAAACGCAUUUCAACGAAGCGGAACAGGAAAUCAAGGCGACCAGGGAGCUUUUCCCGCAGUUCUCCAGCGAGGCAGACCUCUACCAACACUAUGGGCUCCUGAACCAGCGUUCGAUUCUUGCGCAUUGCACCUUCAUGAAUGAGUACGAGAUGGACAAGAUCGAGAAGCUCCAGUGUGGAGUUGCACACUGCCCAAUCUCGAACAUGACGGUUGGAGGAGGCUUCAUGGCAGCAUCCAUACGUCAGUUCCUGUCCAAAGGGAUCAAAGUCGGUCUGGGCACUGAUAGCGGGGGCGGCUUCUCAUCAAGCAUGCUGGAUAGCAUCCGGCAGGCAAUCAUAGCUUCGAACGCGCGCGAAGUCAUGUCAGGCGGCACAGACAAAGCACUGUCUCUUGACGAGGUGUUCUAUCUCUCAACUCUAGGCGGUGCCCAGGUGUGUUGUCUUGAAGAUAAGAUCGGGAACUUUGCUGUGGGCAAGGCUUUUGACGCGAUACUGGUUACAAGCUCACUUGAUGAAGCAUUUGGUGUGAUGACUGUCCGAGAAGAAACGGACAAUCUUCGAACGAUUUUUGAGAAGUUCUUGAUGACAGGAGAUGACCGCAAUAUUGGUCAGGUUUAUGUGCAGGGCAAGCUUGUCAAGGACACCUUUUCAACCUAG